GAAUGUUCUCUAUGCUCUUCUUGUACGGUUUUCAGAAAAGCAUUCUAACCUAACAUUUCAAAAUUAUUCACAUGCUUUUGAUAUAAAUUUCAAAUAACAUAAUAUAAAGCAAAUAAAUAAACAUGGAUAAUGAAAUGUCAAUGGAUGUUGAAGACGAAACAAGCAGCGAAGAAGAACAUUCUGACAAUGAGGGUAUGGAAGAGUCUAAUGAACAGGAAAAUGAUGGAAGACCAGAUGUUUAUUUACCAGGGCAGCCUUUAAAAGAAGAAGAAGAACAUUCUGACAAUGAGGGUAUGGAAGAUUCUAAUGAACAGGAAAAUGAUGGAAGACCAGAUGUUUAUUUACCAGGGCAGCCUUUAAAAGAAGGAGAAGAACUAGUUUGCGAUGAAUCUGCUUAUAUUAUGCUACACCAAGCUCAAACUGGGGCGCCUUGUCUUAGUUUUGAUAUAAUUAAUGAUCAGUUAGGAAAUAAAAGAGAGACUUUUCCUCUAACUUGUUACUUAGCUGCAGGCACACAGGCAGCUAAAACACAUGUAAAUAGUUUGAUUGUCAUGAAACUGCAUAAUUUACAUCGCACAAGUAAAAAAGAAAAUGACGAUGAUGAUGAUGAAGAAAGUGAUGAAUCUGAUAAUGAAGAAGCAGAAACUCCAAAAAUGGACUUCGCAACAAUCAAACAUCAGGGCUGUGUGAAUAGGAUUCGUACAACAGCAGUUUCUGAAGGUACUGUGCUGGCUGCUACUUGGUCAGAGCUAGGUCGAGUAAAUAUCUGGGAUUUAACAAAGCAGCUAGCUACUGUCGAUGAUCAGCAAAUGUUAUCAAAAUAUAAUAAAGAAAAUACUGGAAAUACCUGCACUCCUAUUUUCACAUUCAAUGGACAUCAACAGGAAGGUUAUGCCGUAGAUUGGAGCAAAACUGCCCCUGGGGUCUUGGCAACUGGUGAUUGCCGCAAAGAUAUUCACAUAUGGACUCCUGCUGAAGGAGGCACAUUUAACGUUGAUCAAAGACCAUUAGUAGGGCACACUGCUUCAGUUGAAGAUCUGCAAUGGUCUCCCAAUGAGAGAUCAGUUUUAGCGAGUUGUUCAGUUGAUCGUAGUAUUAGAAUUUGGGAUACAAGAGCAGCACCCACAAAAGCUUGUAUGUUAACAGCUACAGAUGCACAUCAAAAUGAUAUAAAUGUUAUAAAUUGGAACAAAAAUGAACCUUUUAUCUGCAGUGGUGGUGAUGAUGGAUGUGUUCAUAUUUGGGAUCUGCGACAAUUUAAGGAUGGAAAACCACUAGCCACUUUUAAACAUCAUACCCAACCUGUUACAACGGUGGAAUGGCAUCCUACAGACUCAUCUGUGUUUGCUUCAGGUGGAGCAGAUAACCAAAUAGCUUUAUGGGAUUUGUCUGUAGAAAAAGAUACAGAAGCUGAAGAUGAAACAGAUAUGAGUGAUGUUCCACCUCAAUUGCUCUUUAUACAUCAAGGACAAACUGAUAUAAAAGAAUUACAUUGGCAUCCACAAAUUCCUGGAGUAAUACUUUCAACAGCACUUAGUGGUUUCAAUAUAUUUAGAACAAUUAGUGUCUAGGGUCCUUUUAUUCAUAAACAAAUUUAUGAAAAUGUAAAUAUUUUGACUCUUU